AUGUCAGUUCCCAAGCCGGAGUCGUCCUUGACGGGGCACUGCGCCGCCAUCGAAAAGGACACGCUAUAUGUCUUCAACGCCGAUGCAUUCCAAUCGCUACCGCUCAAGGAGAAUGCAACAUGGUCGCAGGAGAUCACAGGAAUACCAGUGCAGGACCCAGCUUGCGUGAAAGCAACAUCGAACGGCGGCGCGUCUCUGUAUGUUGUUGGAGGAGCGACGGACAACAGCUUUUACAUGGGACUACAACGGUACUCUUUCGAUGGUGGAGCGUGGGAAACGCUCACUCCGCUUGCGGAUGUUAUGCGAAGUCGGACGAACCACAGCGUAGCAUACUUGAAGGACUCGGAUUCGAUACUGGUAUAUGGCGGAUCAACGCCAGAUGCACCUUCGCUUCUGUCAUCACAGACGUUUCUUAUUUCGACGACAUUACCAUACAACAUACGAUCAUUCACAUCGAAUGCACCGCCCGCUAACAACCCCAUACUACAACCCUGGAAUAGCAGUCAUGCUGUGAUGGUCGGAGGAGAAACAACGAAUACUGGCGUGUGGUUGUUUGGACCGAACGAUGGCUGGACACAACUCGGGACAAACCUCUCCGAGCCCCUUGACUCUGCGGCGAGAGCUGUAGUAAUAGACGGCGAGGAUGGCAGCAAGGUGUUGCAGGUAUACGACUUCCAGACGUCGCCCAAUACUGCGCAAGGAGUCGUUCUGCUAGGACCAGGCGGCGAGGUCGCGGCUCCCGGAACGACUGUUGGUGACAGUAACUCGUCGAGGAAACGAAAAGGAGAUUUAAGCAUCAACAAUUGGCCGUCGUACAACAGCACGAACGCGCCCACAUCCACGCGAACCGACUGUUCCAUCUCACGCAAUGCCCAAGGCACGAUAGUGAUGGCAGGAGGAAACGACAACGACCCAAUUGCCAUGUAUGACCAGAAUGAGAACUCCUGGAUAGAUGCCGGAGACUUCUUCAACAGGCAGGUCCAACAGCCACUGCAACCGAGUAAGACAGCAUCGACAUCACCCACGUCAGCAGAGUCAUCAGUAUCGGCGACAUCUUCUGAAGCGGCAAAGGGCGGUGGUGGAUCUCACGAGAAGACGAUGAGGACGCUCGGCAUCACGCUGGGCGUGCUUUGCGGUAUUGCUGCGCUCUUCAUAAUCGUGCUACUUUUCCUCAGGUGGCGAAAGAUGAAGGCGAAGAAGAAGAACGGCGGCUACCUUGAGGAGAAGGAUGGCCAGCAAAAUCCGGAUCGAAUGAGCUUCGCAGAUCGAGGCGCUUCUUUCAUGAAAGAGGCCGGACUCUCUACAGAUGAACUCGCGCCGCCGAAUCGCAACCUCUACAACUCCAGUCCUGGAUCGCACAGUUCACUUGCCAUCAUUGCCGGUAAGAUCGGCAACAAGCGCGGCACGAACGGAUUUCAAGCACAUGCAGCUAAGGGCAGCUUCGAGAGCACAACUCACCUGGUUAGAGACAAGGACGGGAACCUUGUGCACGCCGAGAACCACGAGAUGAUGGACAUCGGCGAUAAGAGCGCCACGUUGGCUUCAUCGACACUGACAGUACCGGGCGCUGUCCACGGCAGUAGCCUCGACAAGGAGACUCUGACGCAUAGAAAGCGCAGUUCUGGCUGGUCGAAGUACUUUGCUACCAGCGCCCCGACUGGACCCAAUGGGACUUCUCACAUUCCUUCGGUAUACGUCAAGCCGAGUCAAAGUACACUGAGCAUGGGCUCUGAGUACUCCGUCGACCGUGCACCGUCACAGGUAUCACGCAUACCAUCAUCUGUGCUUGUGCCGCCGCUUGACAUCGACUUCAACAAGACCGUCGACGGCCAGCGGCUCUCACAUGUGACGCAAGGCUCACCUGCAUUCUUCGACUCGAGGGAAGACUUCGCACGUGGAGGCAGUCUCGACGUCCAAGGUGAAGGUCAGCGAGGCAUCAUCGUCGACUCCAACGAUCCCAGGACGUCACAAGCCACAAGUAUAGGCUCCUCAUGGGGCAACCGCUCGACGAUUGAUAGCACCACGACGAGCGAGUUCUACAAUGAGUCGCACACGCCCUGGACGCCGAUGAGUGGCCAAGAUGCGCCUCGUGGGACCAGCAGCGUCUACACUAACAGCAUUUAUGAUGCUGGCAGGAGAGUGCCGUCUCGUGGCAAGUCGGCAGGCUUCUUCCCUGGUUCUGGCACGAAUUUCAAGCCGUCGAAGGUCAAGCUGAGCCACGCUGCAGGUCCAACUUCACAAUGGGCGUCACCUCAGCCAGAUGCCCAGACGGCAGACAUGGACUGGGCGAAGCCUCCAAAGAUGCCUGCUGCCAAAGCCGAAGCUGCAACUUCAAACGAUCGGGAUAGUACGAUGACGGUCUUCCCGGGUGCAGAUUAUCUAGACGACAAGGACGACGGCGCUCAAGCCAAAACAGCGCAAGCAAUAGCUGGCGCCCAAAAGCCAUCGCAACGACAGUCCUACGGUCGGCGGCACUCCACGCGUCAGUCACGACAAUCACAACCGGCCGUGAAUACCGACAUGUCGUGGCUGGAUUUAGGAAGCAAGUCAUGA